UUUUCAGGUCCGUUUUGGGCUGUGACCGCUCAUCGUAGCGGCCUUAUCGCUGCAAAAAAAAGCCGGGAGCAGUGCCAAAAAUCCUCCAUCGCAUCGCUGUUGCAACGCGGUUGUAAAACAAGCCGCGCGCGAUUGCAUACCAACACACAGGCUGUCGGCAUCCCCUCGGACGCCGCGACAGCAAAACGGCGACCAGCCUCGGCGUCGCGUUGAUUGACAAAACGGCCGCCCGCCGCGGCCGCGUCGGCGACAUCACGGCCUAUCGACGGAGGAGUUCGAUGGCGGCCCGGCCGCAGACGCGGAAGCGGUCGCGGCUGACGCUCUGCGUGGGCCUGGCGGUCGGUUUAGCCUUGUUCUUCUACCUGAUGAGCGGGUCGCCGACGGACAUCGUCGACGAACGGACCCCGGACUACGGUAAAGCGGGCUGGCGCUACCUGACCAUCGUCGACGCGGGAAGUUCGGGAUGUAGAGCCCACGUCUUUAGGUGGCGACCGGCGCCGCACGGCGUCGACGUGGACCCGAGGCAUCCUAACCUCAAAGUGAAGCCGGGGCUCUCGACGUUCGAGUCGCAUCCGUCGGAUGCGGGCGCCUCCUUGAAGCCCAUGCUCGACUUCGUGCUGAACGAGAUCCCCGAGGACCAGUGGAGUUCCUCGCCUAUUUUGCUCAAGGCGACGGCGGGCCUGAGGAUGGUCGCGGAAGGUCCCCGCGAGCAGAUCCUCGAAAGUGUCAGAGACGCGUUGGCUGCCUCACCGCUCAAGUUUGAUGAUAGGAAGAAAGGAGCCAGAGUCAUCGCCGGCACGGACGAGGGCGGCUACGGCUGGAUGUCCGUCAACUACCUGUUAGGUAAUCUCCAUGGAGACGCGGAACCGUCGGACUUCGUCGGCGUCGUCGAGAUGGGCGGCGCGUCGGCGCAAGUCACGCAGAUCGCCUCGAAGCAGGUGCCGGAGGGCUACGGGUUCUCGUUUGUGAUGGGCACGAAGACGUACAAGUUGUAUACGCAUAGCUACCUGGGCUAUGGCCUGGAGCAAGCGCGGGAGAAGCUCUCUGCGGAACUCGCUUCCAAUAGAAAGAGUGUCGAGGAUCCGUGCCUGAACGACGGCUUCAAGCGCCCGGAGCCGCGGAACGACGUGUAUGAUGGCCACGCCUCAUUACCAGUGACCGGCAAAGGCGACGCCGCUUCAUGUAGGAAAGUUAUUGAAUCUGCCUUGUUCUCUUUGAGAGGCUCUUGCGCCUACCAGAGCUGUUCCUUCGACCCCAACGUCUACCAGCCGUCCGACCUGGCCUCGGGUAGACUAUUGGCUUUCGAGAACUUUUACUAUACGGGCCAGAUGCUGGGCGUGCCGCGGCCCGACGCGUCACCUAGAGAUUUUGGGACCGCAGCCACGGAGGCCUGCUCCAUGUCCUGGAGCGCUUUGCAGUCUUCCGAUAUACCUAGAGACGGUUCGGGAAAAGAGGAGACGAACAAGCUCUGCUUCUCGGCGACGUACCUCGACUUAUUCCUCGAGAAGGGCGUCGGCGUCGCGCCGGCGUCCACCGUCAAGGUCAUGCAGCAGGUCGGCGAGCACGGCAUCGACUGGUCGCUCGGCGCGGCGAUCUCGGAGGCGUCUUCGUUAAGGGCGAAGGAGGCUUGAGCUUUGGCGUGUCUAAGUGUUCACUUAUGA